AUGGCCGCCGCCUUUGACGAGGAAGAGCUUUCAAUUCCCCUACCCCAUUCCGACCGUCCCCGUGAACGAGCUAGCCAUCCCGUCAUCUCCAGUUCAUCCGCCAUGGCUGUGCCAUCAGCACGCACGACCGGGAAGACAGAGAGUUCCACUCAGUCCCCCGCGACCACGCGAGAUAUGCAACGCCUGGACCAGUACAAGACAAUCAAGAUUCUUGGUGAGGGGUCUUUUGGAAAGGUGAAGCUUGCUAUCCACCAGCCGAGUGGUCGUCAGGUCGCUCUCAAGAUCAUUUCUCGCCGCAAGUUACUCUCCCGUGACAUGGUUGGUCGUGUUGAGCGAGAGAUUCAGUACCUUCAAUUGCUGCGACAUCCUCAUAUUAUCAAGCUGUACACCGUUAUUGCCACUAAGUCCGACAUUGUGAUGGUCCUCGAAUACGCCGAGCGAGAAUUGUUCGAUUACCUCGUUCGAAAGGGAAAGUGCCAAGAUGACGAGGCCCGCAAGUUCUUCCAGCAGAUCAUCUGCGCUGUUGAAUAUUGCCAUCGACACAAGAUUGUCCACCGUGACUUGAAACCGGAGAACCUGCUCAUCGACAGCAACAAGAACGUCAAGAUCGCUGAUUUCGGACUGAGCAACAUCAUGACAGAUGGCAACUUCUUGAAGACCAGCUGUGGUAGUCCGAAUUACGCUGCCCCGGAGGUUAUUUCUGGAAAGCUUUACGCUGGUCCGGAGGUCGAUGUUUGGAGUUGCGGUGUGAUUCUUUACGUCCUGCUUGUGGGCAGACUGCCCUUUGACGAUGACUACAUUCCUGCUCUCUUCAAGAAGAUCGCUGCAGGCAAUUUCCACAUGCCCUCAUACAUCUCCUCCGGCGCUGCACGAUUGAUUCGCGCCAUGCUCCAGGUUCAUCCAGUUCACAGAAUCACAAUCCCCGAGAUUCGACAGGACCCAUGGUUCAACAAGAAUACUCCCGAGUAUCUACUUCCUCCAGCAGAGGAAGUCUACGCUCCUGGUAUCGACCCAAACAAGGCGAUUGAUCCUGAUAAGAUUGCCCCAGGCAAGCCGCUUCCUGUUCAGCACAAGAUCCACGAGAUUGCCGUAUCGAAGCUCGAACGAAGCAUGGGAUAUGAUCGCGAUGAUAUUGAAGAUGCCUUGCGACAAAAAGAGCCUAGCGCAAUUAAGGAUGCAUUUUCCAUUGUCGUUGAGAACGAGAUGAUGCAGACCAACUCCCCCACGGAAGACAAUUUGUUGGCUCAAACUGUUCCCUCUCAGACAAAGGGACCUUCUUCUCCAUCGACUGACCGAGCUCCCACUCUGCCCAAGUCGCGUAGCCAGGCCCCUCCUACUCAGACCCCUGUUCGUUAUGACACCGUGGAUGAGGAUUUGGAGCAGGACCGCGUCAGUCAGGUCCGAAUCUUACCGACUAGUCUUCCCUACGUCCAUGACCAGCUCAUGGAGCAACGUGAGCGAGAGCACAAAGCUCGAGUUGAGGCGCGCCGGCAGAAAGAAGCUGCUCAGGCAGGACAAGGAGAUGAAUCCAGUGGAUUGGACCCUGAAGAACAGGCUCUCACGGCUCAGGCUCUCAAACCUCAUUCGCGAAGUAUUGUGGAUCUCCAUAGCCUGCGAUUUGAACCACCAACCGGUCAACCCCUGACACAACAGCCCAAAAGAUCUCGAAAGUGGCAAUUCGGUAUCCGCUCCAGGAACCAGCCUUACGAAGCUAUGCUGUACCUGUAUCGGGCAAUUGCGGCUCUAGACGGAGAAUGGGAUAUCCAACCCAUUGAAUCAGGAACAAACAUUGGCCCACAACCGACACAGUCGCCUGACAAACCCAAGCCUCUACAGAAUAAGUACCCGGAUCUCCCGUCGGACUACUACAUUCCCAAGGAGCCGUGGUUCAUCCGUGCGCGAAUCUUGAAAGAAGGUGUCAAAGCACCGGGGACCUCGACCAGCGGUUACAACAGCCGAAGCGAUCUCGAGGAGCUGCGUCGUCGCUUCCACAUUUCGGGUAUCAAUACCCCAGUCGAAGAUAAGGAGAAAGACGGAGAUCAGUCUACUCCUGCAUCGGCAACAAAGGACAGCGGCACCCUUAAGAUCUUGCACGGCGUGUGGGUAUUUAUCGACAUUCAGCUCUACCAACUCGAUGAGAGCAGCUACAUGGUCGACUUCAAAUGCGACGGCUACCAGAACGUCAUCCGCGCCGGAGGCGACGGAAGCAAUGAAUGGCACCCCAUAAGCAAACGCUUCAAGAACAAGGAGAAAGAAGUAAACAGCCCGUACCCGUUCCUCGACGUGGCAUCCGACCUUGUUGCUCAGUUGGCUGUUGCCAGCUAG